UGACUGACCUGCAGGAGGAAGGCAAGAACGCCAUCAACUCGCCGAUGUCGCCGGCCUUGGCGGACCUGCACCCCGAGGACACCCUGCUAGAGGAGAAUGAGGAGCGCACCAUGAUCGACCCCACCUCCAAGGAGGACCCCAAGUUCAAGGAGCUGGUCAAGGUUCUCAUCGACUGGAUCAAUGACGUGCUGGUGGAGGACAGGAUCAUCGUGAAGCAGCUGGAGGAGGACCUGUUCGACGGGCAGGUGCUGCAGAAGCUCUUGGAAACGCUGGCGGGCUGCAAGCUGAACGUGGCCGAGGUGACGCAGUCGGAGAUCGGGCAGAAGCAGAAGCUGCAGACGGUGCUGGAGGCUGUGCAGGAGCUGCUGCGGCCCCACGGCUGGGCGCUGCCCUGGACGGUGGACGCCAUUCACGGGAAGAACCUGGUGGCCAUCCUGCACCUGCUCGUGUCACUGGCCACGCACUUCCGGGCGCCGAUCCGCCUCCCCGAGCACGUCUCCGUGCAGGUGGUGGUCGUGCGGAAGCGGGAAGGCCUGCUGCAUUCCAGCCACGUCACGGAGGAGCUGACCACGACCACUGAGCAGAUGAUGGGGCGGUUUGAGCGGGACGCCUUCGACACCCUGUUCGACCACGCCCCGGACAAGCUCAACCUGGUGAAGAAGUCUCUCAUCACCUUCGUGAACAAGCACCUGAACAAGCUGAAUUUGGAGGUGACAGAACUGGAGACCCAGUUUGCAGACGGCGUGUACCUGGUUCUGCUCAUGGGCCUGCUGGAGGACUACUUUGUGCCCCUGCACAACUUCUACCUGACCCCAGACAGCUUCGACCAGAAGGUCCACAACGUGUCCUUCGCCUUUGAGCUGAUGCUGGAUGGGGGGCUCCAGAAGCCCAAGGCCCGGCCAGAAGAUGUGGUGAGCCUGGACCUCAAGUCCACCCUGCGGGUCCUCUACAACCUGUUCAACAAGUACAAGAACGCAGAGUGACGCGGCGACGUCCCUGCGCUCCCCAGCAGCCCAUCCUCUCCCUGCUCCCCCCACCUUCCGGGGUUGUCGCCCGACCUCCUGCCCGUGUCUGUGAGCUGCAGGGUUCUGAGGCCUCACUUCUCUGGGCUCCCGGCUGAGUCAGCGGCUGUCGGCCUGGAUCAGACGAUGAAAAGAAAAAAUGCCUGAACCCAGGCCCUUCAGCCCCGGGAGGGGCGCCUGCGUUCCAUCUGCCGGCACAAAUAGGGGUCCCAGGCGUCUCCCGGCAGCUCGGCCAUCCUGGUGGGACCUCCUGGGAGCGCACUUAGUAAAGAGCUUUUUGCAGUUUUAAAAACUCCA